AGCGACGAGUCAGAAGCGUCCACUUGACAAGGCGUCGAAAAAAAAAAACCGUCCUGACAGUCAGCGAUCGGGGAAUCCGGAGCAGCAAAGCAACUCGCGUGGACGAGCCAGCAGAGUUCAUGUGUGACAUAUACAGCCUGGACCCCCACGGCGUGUCUCCACCAUGCAACAUGAGUUGGGCAAUGGAGCCCGCUAACUUCUACGAGAGCGCCAAGCUCGGCGCUCCGCUGCCCGGGCCGUGCAAGCCGGCCGUCCGGGCCGAGGAGGGGGCCACCAUGGCCGAGCUCACCGCUCCGGCCAUGUACGACGACGAGAGCGCCAUCGACUUCAGCCAGUACAUCGAGUCCAUGACGUCCGUGCCCAACCUGGAGCUUUGCAACGACGAGCUCUUCCUCGACCUCUUCAACACGGUCAAGCAGGAGAAGGCGGAGCUGUACGCCGCGCAGGCGUCGGCGCCGCCGGUCUGCGCGGCCCCCUACGCCGCGGAGCGGAGGUCGGACUCGGCGGUGCCGGACAAGGGUCCGUUCGGGGCGCCCAUCAAGCAGGAGUCCGACUGGAGCGACAGCGACAUGUCGUCGUCGCUGCCGUGUCAGAUCGAAACCUGCGCGCAGACCUCCGUCAGCCUCCCCACGGGGCAGCCCACGCCGCCCACCACGCCGGAGCCCGUCUCGGCCAAGGGCUCGCCGCGCAAGUCCGGCCGAGACAAGUCGAAGAAGGCGGUGGACAGGUUCAGCGUGGAGUACCGACAGCGGCGGGAGAGGAAUAACAUCGCCGUGCGGAAAAGCAGGGACAAGGCCAAGAUGCGCAACUUUGAGAUGCAGCAGAAGCUGAUCGAGCUGAGCUCCGAGAACGACAGACUGCACAAAACCAUCGAGCAGCUCACCCGGGAGCUCGGCGGCCUCCGAGAGUUCUUCAAGCAGAUGCCCGGAGCCUCCUUUGCGGGGAGCGCCAUCGCGGAGGGUCGGUGACCAAGUGACGCCUCCGCCCCUUCUUUUUAGAACAAACUUUUUUUUUUUUUGGAAGACAUACCUCAGAGACAUUUUGUUCUUUACCAUCUGUACCAGAUGUAUUUUAAGCUUACCAUAAUGGCACUGGAAAAUAUAUGAUGAUGACGUUGCCAUAUUUUUUUGUGGGAUUUAUUGUUGUCUCUUUGUAUUAAAUUAUUUUACCACUGCAUUUACAUGAUGUUAUGCAUACCUGCCAUGGUACAUGUUUUAUAAUUCCAGACUUUGUAUAAGAGCCAGAGCAUGAUCUUUUUACUAUAGUUUGUAUGAAUCAUUUUGUUUAUGGAUGCUAUAAUAAUAAAACAAGCUGUAAAGGUG